AUGCCCAAUUCAACAUCCCUCUUCUGUCAAACGGACGGCUUUUGGUCCACGACGCCAAAGAUGCUUUCCUGGAAUGCCGACAAGGAUUGUUGCUCAUGGGAGGGAGUCACGUGUGAUCAUAUGACAGGUCAUGUGAUUCGCCUUGAACUUGGCUGCUACCCCCCAAGCCAGACCUGCUACUCUUCUGUAGCGUCUUCAAACAGCACUAAACUAUCUUCAUUGGGUUCCCUCAAUCUUUCUUCUCCUCACAAAGCAGAAAGGCCAUCAGGGUCAAAUUCUGAUAUGCUGCUUCAAAACCUGACCAUGUUAAGAAUCCUCAUUCUCGAUCAGUUAAACAUGUCGGGUAUUGACGUGAGUCACUUAAUGAAUCUCCCUCCAUCUCUGGAAGUCCUCAGCCUCAGUUCCUGUCAAUUGCGUGGCACGUUAGCAGCAAACAUUUUCCUUUUGCCAAAGCUGACAUGUCUCAAUUUAUCAGGCAACAAGGAGCUUUCGGGUUACUUACCUGAAUCAACUUGGAACAGCUCUUUGAAGGUUUUGGACUUGUCCUCCACAGGCUUCUCUGGAGUAUUACCGGAGUCAAUCGGUGACCUGCAUUCUCUGGAGACACUCUUGCUACAGCAGUGUAAUUUCAUUGGCUCUAUUCCGUUGUCACUUGGUAACCUAACACGACUCACCAGAUUGGAAUUCUCAUCGAAUAAGCUUAGUGGUGAGGUUCCUCCAACUCUGUCAAACAUUGAUCGGCUCACUCUGCUCGAUCUUUCCUUCAACAAUUUCACAGGUCCGAUACCCAAUGUCUUCGACAACAAGACACAACUUCAAAAACUGCUUUUCUCACAUAACCAAUUCGAGGGCCCUAUUCCUCCGAGCAUAAAAAAUCUUUCCAAUCUAGCCCAACUCGAGAUUUCAAAUAACCUCAUUUGGGGGUCUAUACCAUCAUCACUGUUCUCUCUUCCAUCCUUGACGAGGCUAGACCUCAGUAACAAUAGGCUCAGUGGUCACGUCAACGAGUUCCUUGCUGCACCCUCAUUAGAUCAUGUUGACCUGAGUGGUAAUAAGUUGCGUGGCUCAAUCCCAAACUCGAUUUUUCAGCUUGGGAACCUCACCUACUUGAGUAUAUCUGGAAAUAAUCUGACCAGUGUUUUAGACCAACGAUUGCUCUCGAGACUCAUAAAUCUAAAAGAUCUCGAUCUUUCGGACAACAUUUUGUCACUGAGCAAUAGCAUAACUAUCGAUCAUGUCUUGCCGAAACUUUCAAAAGUCAGUCUUUCUGGGUGCAACAUUACUGUAAUGCCUACAUUCUUGAGAAAUUCAACCAGCGUGGAGUAUUUAGACCUGUCGCGCAACAUAAUCCACGGUGAUAUCCCGCCAUGGAUGUGGGAUGUUGGGACUGAGUCAUUGUCUUAUCUCAAUAUAUCUCACAACUCCCUCACUAGCUUCGAACAAGUUCCAUGGGAAAAUCUUAUAGUCCUUGACCUGUAUUCGAACUUGAUCCAAGGGCCGUUUCUACCUCUAUCACUCCCGAAUUCGGUUCGCGUCUUCUCACUGGCUAGAAAUCAAGUGACGGGCUAUAUCCCUGGCUCUAUUUGUGAAAUGAAGGGCCUACAAAUUCUUGACCUCUCUCAUAACAAUUUCACUGGAACAAUCCCUCACUGUCUAGGGAACAUCAGCGACAGCCUUGUAGUGUUGGAUCUGCAAGAAAAUGGAAUUUCCGGCACUAUCUCCCUCACAUUUGGCGAAAAUGCUGUCCUGAGAAGUCUUCACCUCAAUGGAAACAAAUUUGAAGGCCUGUUGCCACGCUCUGUAAUCAAUUGCAAGCAACUUGAAGCGCUGGAUCUCAGUGGUAACAAGUUGAACGAUACUUUCCCAAGAUGGUUGGAAAUACUUCCUAGCCUGCGAGUCUUGUUCUUGCGAUCAAACAGACUUCGCGGCUCCAUAGCCAACCCCAAAACUGAAUUUCCCUUUCCGCAGUUGCGCAUUCUCGACCUUUCCUCCAAUGAGUUCACCGGUCCUUUGCCCAGCACCUACUUUGCAAAGCUGAAAGCGAUGGUGUCGACUGAUCAGGAUGGAUCCGAGUUGCGAUACAUGGACCAAGGUUACUACCAGGAUUCCGUGACUGAGAUUAUUAAAGGAAUUGAAGUGAAUCUCCCUAAAAUCCUAGUGACCCGGACGACCGUUGAUCUAUCAAGCAACAAGUUCCAAGGAAUGAUUCCGGAUGUAAUAGGAGAGCUAGGAUCACUCAAGGGGCUCAACCUUUCUCAUAAUAAUCUCGAUGGCCAUAUACCAUCAUCUUUGGGGGACCUUUCCAAGCUUGAGUGGUUGGAUCUUUCUUCAAAUGAGCUUAGCGGGAUGUUACCAACCGAAUUGACAAAUCUCACGUUUUUGGAGGUCCUAAAUGUCUCUUCCAAUCAACUAACAGGACCAAUUCCUCGAGGGAACCAAUUCAACACAUUUCAAGCUGAAUCCUAUCGUGGGAACCUAGGAUUGUGCGGGUUUCCAUUGUCCAAAUCUUGUGCUGAUUCCAGGGCGCCGGGGAAGCUUCCUGUCCUGCCUGAAGGCGGGGUUCACUUGGUCUUUGCAGAUUUUGUCGAACCAGAGGCCGUGGAAAUAGGAUUAUUAUGUGGCAUAGUGCUCGGACUAGUCAUGAGUAACUUGCAAUAUCUUAGAUCCUUUUGGCGAGCAAAGAGAGAAGUUAGAAAGAUUGCUAGGAAACAUAUUGGGGCCUUGAAACUGAUAAGGUUAAUAACCAUCGGAAGAUUAGAUUAG